UUUACAUUAGUGUUGGGGCUGUUCAGCUUUCUUUGACAACAAAAGGAUAGCUCGAUGUCAGGAACCUUGACUCUAGAUGUGUUCAGUCGUCAGGUCCUCAUUUUGUACUUAGUCUGUGCAAGGCUUAAAUGUGUUUCAGAUGACGUCCCAAUAUGGUAUGACCCAACAAGAGUAGAGUGUGUGUGUUACGAGGUCCUCAUAUUGUUGGGUAGCAGAUAUUUUAGUUUGAACCAUUUCUAUAGAGCCUUACAUAAAAAGCCCAGAUCCACGUUUGAAUUGUUUUGCUUACAACUGUGGUCCCUACAUGCAUAGUCAAUGCAGCACAGUAUAAUAUAUCCUAAUUCCACGUUUCAGUCCUGUGUUUAUACAAAAUAAUAUUUAUUGUUCAUCAUUUCAUUCAAGGCAAGCAAGUCCUCUGGAACUGUCCCCUCCCUCCAGUGUCCUACUGCAGAGCAGCUUAGAAAAAGCUGCCGUCUGAAAAAUCUGAAGCGCCAUCAUGGUCGUUGUGAAGAUCGUUACCAGGAGGCUCAAAAAGAGAUAGCCAAGAGAUCUUUGAUUCAGGUCACCAGAAUUAAUUAUUCGACCUCCACUGACUUAUUUGAGGAAUCUUCGGAUGCUACGGACUAUGAUGAUGCUGACUAUGUUGCAGACUCAUGUGGCAAUUCCUCGGAUGCUUCAAUUAUAAGUACUGUUAGUCAAGAACUCAAAACCAUGAAGGGGGAUGGUGCCACCAGUUCAGAGGUACCUAGAACAUUCAGUUCUUCAAAGAUGAGCAGCAAUCAUUGUGCUUCAGUGAUAAGCUGCAGUGCCAAUUCAUUAAAGAACACAUCACAGCAGAAAAGCUCCAUAAAUGUCACACCAUUGCCAAUAAAAGCAAAAGGAAGCAAGUACAACAAGAAGCAAUUUUGUCUUUAUUGUAAAAAGGCCAUUUCUAAAUUGGCAAGACAUUUUGAAUCCGUGCACAGUGAAGAGCCUGAUGUUGCAAUGGCUUUCAGUUUUGAUAAAAGAUCCCGCAAAAGAAGCGAGUUGUUACGCUCUAUUAAGAAGAGAGGAAACUUUGACCAUAAUGCUGAAGUGGCAAGCUGUGGCACUGGAGAGAUGGUUGCUUGUAGAAGACCCAGUACUGCAAAACAAUCUGAUGACUUCCGUCACUGCAAAUUUUGCGAAGGACUGUAUGCAAGAAACUCUUUAUGGAGACAUGUGAGAAACUGCCCGAAAAAGUCUGUUGAGGAAGAGCCUCAAGUUGGCCGAAAAUGGAUUCAAAUGCACUUACCAAGACCUGACUCAGUUAAGGAAACUGUUUGGAAGAUUGCUUGUGAAAUGAACCAGGAUGACGUUUCUUCGGUUGUAAGGAGUGAAACUGUAAUCCUUUGUAUCGGCGAGUCACUGUUCAAUUCCAGGAAACCGUAUGAAAGAAGGAAUGACUACAUACGCCAACAAAUGAGAGAGAUGGCAAGACUAUUGAUAACGGCAAGAGCUAUAACACCUUUGAAGAGCACCGAAGACCUUGUUAUGCCUUGUAACUUUCCGCAUGUGAUACAGGCAGUUAGAUCUGUUGCUGGUUAUGAUGUCGAAAGCAACUCGUAUAAAAUCCCAUCAUUGGCUUUGAAAUUGGGACACAGUUUAGCCAAAGUUGCAGGCAUUGUGCAAUGCAAUGCCAUCAUUGCAAAUCGCCCUGCCGUUGCAGAGUCUGCAAAGCAAUUUGCCACUCUACAUCAGAAAAAGUGGACAGAGUCCAUUUCUGCUGCCGCAUUGGGAACACUUCAACAAGCCAAAUGGAAUAAACCACAGGUUUUACCCUUUACAGAGGAUGUGUCGGUGCUGCACAAGUUUCUUGCUGCUGAGCGUGUUAAGCGCAUGAAGGACCUUGAGGAAGAACCCAACAGCAAAAGCUUUGGAAAUCUUGCUAAAGUGACUUUGACGCAGGUAGUACUAUUUAACAGAAGGCGGGAAGGUGAAGUUUAAAAAAUGGAGCUUCAGACAUUCACAUCCAGGGAUCGUACAGAGCUGAAUCCAGACAUUGUGAGGGGCCUUACCGACUUCGAGAGGAAGCUUGCAGAGCACUUUGAGAGGGUUGAGAUUCGUGGUAAAAGGUCAAGAAAGGUUCCAGUGCUUCUAACCCCCGACAUGAUCGCUGCUAUGGACCUCCUAAUGAAAAGCAUGAAAGAGUGUCAAGUCCACAAAGAAAAUGUGUACAUGUUUGCACGGCCAGGUGUCCUUUCCCAUUACAGAGGCUCUGACUGCUUUCGUAAGUAUGCAAAGCAAUGUGGUGCAAAGAACCCAGAGGCACUCACCUCAACAAGAUUGCGGAAACAAGUGGCCACUUUGUCCACACUACUAAAUCUGAAAGAAAAUGAAAUGGAUCAACUUGCCACCUUUCUAGGACACGACAUCCGUGUCCAUAGAGAAUUCUAUCGGCUUCCAGAGAGUACCCUUCAGCUCGCAAAAGUCAGCAAACUCCUGAUAUCACUCGAAAAAGGAAGACUGCCUUACCUGCAGGGGAAAGGGCUGGAUGACAUUGAGGUCAAUCCUGAAGAUGAAGUAGAAAUGAGUGAUUCCAGCGAAGAAAACUUUGCUGACCUACAUCAAUGCAAAGGCUCAAUAACUGAGACUGCCAGGGACCAGACACUUCUGAGGCAUACUCCUGAGUCAACCACCCUGGACAACAUGGAGGGCACUUCCGAGUCAACCACCCUGGACAACAUGGAGGGCACUUCCGAGUCAACCACCCUGGACAACAUGGAGGGCACUUCCGAGUCAACCACCCUGGACAACAUGGAGGGCACUUCCGAGUCAACCACCCUGGACAACAUGGAGGGCACUUCCGAGUCAACCACCCUGGACAACAUGGAGGGCACAUCUGAGUCAACCAGCCUGGACAAUAUGGAGGGCACUUCCGAGUCAACCACCCUGGACAACAUGGAGGGCACUCCUGAAUCAACCACCUUGGAUGACGUAAACAUGAGUCACAAAAUUGUCACAUCCCAAGCUUCUUCAAAGGGCUCCAAAAGAAAGCAAGCUGUGAAGGUGAGAAGCAAGUGGACGGGUGAGGAAGUGAAGGCUGUUGAGCGGCAUUUGCUUAACUUCAUUACAAGCUGCAGAAUACCUGGUAAAAAGGACUGUGACUCCUGCCUCCAGGCAGAGCCAGUCGCGCUGAAAGACCGAGACUGGGUUGCCAUCAGGUACUACGUACACAACAGAAACGUAGCAUUAAAAAGGAAGAUGACUAGGUAGAUCCAUUCCAAUUGAUCUUGUUUUUUGCUUGUAUUUUUUUUGCUGGCACUCAAUAAAAGUAAGAAAUGCAAAAAGUGUUCCGCCUUUUUUUAUUACGUGAAUAUUUGCUACAAAUUUUUAUAUAUUGUCACAAAUAACAAUAAUACGACUUAAACAGAGAAUAUAUUAUAUUUAAGAGCUAUGUGAACAUGGAUAGUCCUUUCUGUUGAAGGUUACCCGGGCUGUCUGGGGUUUUGACAUUUCUACAUAUAUAACCGGACCCCAGUUAAAAUACAGAUCCUAUUUUGUGUAUUCUAGGGUCUUUAUAAUUCACAUUAACCUGAAAAUAGAGUGUGUGUGUGUGUA